CGCACACACACACACAUACAUAUACACAAAAAUUACAGUACCUAAACAAAUUAGUUUACAAUUUGUGUUUGAAAUGUCAAAUAUCAGUAUGUACUUUUGUCUACCAUUAGUACUACAUUACACAAUUAUAGAUACACUAGCAUACACAUACACACACACAAGGAAACAAACUUUUGAUUGGAUUAACAUCAUUACUAUAAAUGGUCAAUAGCUUCUCAUACUUGUAUUGUAGUUAAGUAAAUUAAAUUAACUUCUAUUGGUUCAUAUAUACUUUUUUUUAAAAAUAUUAAUACAACUGCUCUCUGUUUCGGCCAUUAAAAGCAUCAUCAGUAGUCAUAAUAAGAUUAUCGUUAAUGUCAAUAACAAUAACUCAAUGCAAUACCCAUACCCUUUAUUAAUAAGUGAUACUUAGCAACAAUGAUAGAAGUCUAUUGAAUUUUAAAAAAAUUGUUUUCCCCUAAUCAAUUUUCACGAUAAUAAACAACAUCAACUUUCAACCAUUAAUUUUAUUACUAUGUACAAUGUUCUUUUAUUUUUCUUCAAUGUUACUGAUAUUAUAAUGUUGAUGAUUUCAUGUGACUAAUUGAAUGAAGUGUCACAUGGAAAUCUAUUGACUUUUGCACUACAUCGAAUACAUAUCUCUCUCUAUAUAUAUAUAAUACAUAUAAAUAAGUAAUAAGUUAAUUGAUUUACUGGAAUAUAGAAACACAAACACAAAUGAUGUGAAUAAACACAUGAUUUUAAAAAACCAGAUAGGUUGGAUUUCAUUUUGUGUAUGUGCUGUGUGUAUGUGUGAGUGUGUUGUCAUUGUUGUUAUGUGUAGUGUGUGUACUUGCACUUUGCACUUAUGAGUAAAGUUUAAUCAAACUUUAUUUCUAAAGAAAAAAAGAGUAACAACCGACUAGAUUCAGAGGGAGAGAGAGAGAGAGAAACAGAAAGAGAGUAAGACCAAGUUCGCUAAGAGACCAUUUUUAUUUGUAAUUUCGUUGUUGGCUGAGUUGGUUCCAAUAUACAUAACACAUGUGUGCAAAACACGUAUAAAUCUACAACAUAUACAUAUAUAUAUAUAUGCAUGCACCUACAGAUUGAACGCAUUCGUCGAAUUUGUCUCUAUUAAUCUAUCACACAGUGUUUUAUAUUUAUCUAACACACACACACACUGAAACUAACAUGUAAGCGUGCAUAUGCACUUACUUACAUGACACAAGAAAUCACAAUAUUAUUAUCAUUAAUAAUACUCUUAUUAUUAUUAUCAUUAUUGUUAUCAUCACCAUUACUCUGACAUAGAUUGGUCAUAUUCACAAUAAUUACCAUUGGAGGAAAUCAGGUCUACAAAUUUUUACUGGUUUUUUUUUCUCAAAAACAAAAACGAAAUGAACAAAAUAGUUAAGAACUAAUUGUCAAGGAAAUUAUUUGUAAACAGAAAUGGAAUCUACCGAGGUCAACUGUUCAGAGAAUUCGGCCGUUCAAGAAACUACAACAACAACCAUUACUAUUACUUCGAGUAGCACUGUAAAUAAUGUAACUACUGAUAAGACUACUGAAGAUCAUUAUGAUUAUGAUGACAAUCAAACUGAAGUAUUAACAAAGACAAUUCAUUCAGAUAUGUCUAAUAGUAAUGAUUUACAAUCAAGUAUUAAUUCUCAUGAAACCACUGCUUCAGAAUCAAAGGUAGAUGAUCAUGAAACAGAAAAUCCACAGAAUCAUAACAAAACAAAUGUAAUAACUACUGGAAUAAUGAUAAUAAGAAAUGAAACAAUAAGUCCUCAUAGUGAUACAUUCAAUAAUGAAGUGAUUCCAAUGAAUACUGAUGUUUCCAUAGAUGAGAUUGAUAUGAAACAAGAGAAAACUCAUACGGAGACAAGUCAACAACUACAAGAAAACAAUUUGGAAAAUAAUCAAGAUAUUAAAACAGAAGUUGAAUUAUCUUUAAUAAAAAAUUCACCGGAUAUAUCAACCCAUAAAUCAUCGAUUAGUAAUAAUUCAUCAAUAAAUCAAUCAACUGAACAUUAUAUUACAACACAAGAGGAAUCACUUAUAAACAAUGAUAAAGAUGAUGAGAGAAAUAGUCCGAAACAUCCAUAUCGACCACCUCCACCAAAAUUAAAUCAAACUAAACAUACAUCAGUAUCUCUUUCAUAUAGUGGAGGAGAAAAUGAUGAUGUAAUAAGUAAAAAUGACAAAUUAAAUGACAAUUCACAGAUAGAUACUACUACUACUAAUAAUAAUUAUGAAACUAAUGUGAAGACAUCAAUAAAACAACAGCAAAAUGAAAACGAUGUCGACCAGCAUAAACCUCAAUAUAAACGUCCAACAAUCAAAUCAAAUAUUAAACAUGUAUUUACUAAUCUUAGAAAAAGUUUUAAACGUAAAGAUAAACCAUCAAUCAAACGUGUAGUUAAUGAUCAUGAUAAUGUUGAGAACAAUCAUACAUACACUAGUCAGCAACCAAUGACAACACAUGCAUAUAAUAAUAAUAAUAACGAUUAUAUUGAUCAUAGAAAUAAACAGUCAAAUUUUCCUUCAAGUUCAUCUUCUCAUCAGGAAUAUCAUCAUCAGUAUUAUCGAAAUUCUAAUGAACUACAAGAAAAUCAAUCACAAUUAUCCAAUGCACAAUCCUUGAAUAUCUCAAUUACUGAUUCAUUACAACAACUUAAAAGACCAGAAGAAGAUAUUGAUAUAAUAUAUUCUACUGAAAUUAUUGCACCACCAGCAAUUCCAACUAAAAUGUCAUCUGAUCCAAAUAAUCCUAUUUAUGUGAAUCAUUCAAUUAAACCAAAUAGACCACCAACUAUAGAUAGAAAAGAAACUGAUGCAAAGGAGUUUGCAGCGUCAGCUAUAGUCGACAGUGUGGUAUCCAACAGAGAAACUUAUUGGAAAGACGAAUUAAAUAGUCGAGAUACAACUAUUCAUCCAUUAAACAUGAAUUAUCAACAAUAUUAUUUAACAAGAAGUGAACACUCAACACCUAAUCUAUUGAUUAGAUCACAAAGUUACCCAACUAAUAAUUAUCAUGAACAAAAGAAGCUUUAUUUAACAUCAGAUUUUCUUUCUACCCAACAUCAGUUGUCGUCGCAAAAACCGACACGACCAAUUAAUCCACCACUUCUAUCCCCUAUGGAUCAUCAUCAAAGACAAGAUAAAUUAGAUGAAAAAAAUCAGAUAGGUAUCCGCCGAUUGGAUUUAAUGAAUUCAAUAAAUCCCGGUGACAAAUUUACAGAUUAUGAUCAUGGACAUUUCAACGAUACUGUUGGAUAUUAUAACACAGAGCCAUUAUCAAUUCAAUAUCAACCAAAUCAUUCGUAUACAAUGAGAUCAGAGAGAAGAAUUGUAUCACCUGGAAGUUUGGAUAGAAGAUAUCCACAAGAAUAUGAUCAAUAUUAUUCAUCACCUGAAGCACGUCGUGUACAAACAAUGAGAUAUACAGAUUAUCCAACAAGACCUCGUGUUUAUCAACCAACAUAUCAAGCCGCAACUAUGUCAUUUAAUGAAUUUGAUCAUCAUUAUAAUAAUGGUGGUACAAUAAAACCGCGUAAACCAAAAAUUAUUACAGAACGAUAUAAAUGUAGUGAAGUAUAUAAUUGGCCACCGAAAUUUCCAAAAUUAAAACGACAUAAAACUAAUCCACCAAAACAAAUACAUACUGCACAAGAUCAUAUUGUAAUUAAACAACAAUUAAAAACUACAGCAGGAAAUAAUUAUUCACCUACAGUUCAACAAAAAGAACCAAAUACAGAACAAAUACAUUGUACUAAGAUAAACAAUCAAUAUCAAUCACCGAAUUACAAAAGAGAAAUAAGUGUUUCGCCAGAACGACAGGUAACUAGUCUUCAUUCAUUACAAAGAUCGACUCUGUUAGAAAAAUCUAAUCGAACACCGGGCACAGAGACACGUGAUCAAUUAUUUAUAGCAGAUUACAAACUAACACCAAACAAUCAGAUUGGAUCCACAAAACCUGAUGCAUUAGCUUUACCAUAUUUCGCUAAAAUGACAGAAAAUAAACGAUUUUCAAAAUUCCACUAUAAUACUACUACUAGUACUACUACUAAUAAUAAUAAUAAUAAUAACAAUAUUGCUAUGUCUGCUGAAGUAAUGCGUUCCGAUUCACCAAAAUCAUUAGCUUCAUUAAUAGAUGCAUUGAAAACUAUACAUCCAUUACUUCAUAACUUAAAUGAGAAUCAUAUCCCUUCAUCAUUAACCAAUCAUGAUAAUAAUGAAAACUCGAAAUUAUUCAUUCAUUGUUUAUCAGAAUAUUUAUUCACAUGUAUGAAAUUGCGUUCAUUAGAUUUAAAAGGUGAAUUUGUUACAUUCUUAUUUCCAUUAAAACAUUUCAAUGAACAAUUAUGGAAUAAAUAUGGUACAAUUGAUGAUUGGAAUGAAUUAUCUGUUGUUUGUGAACCGAAUACAAACUAUGAAUAUGUUGUAUUGAAUACAGCCAACGAAUCUUCACAAAAAAUCAGAUUUCCUAAAAAAACAAUCGAUAAACUAUUAACAAAUUGGUUAGAUAAUCAAACUACAAAAACACCUUCACCAGGAAAUCGACAUUCAUUGGAAAGCAAAAAUAAUACAGAGAAACAUUCAGAUGAUAAAUUACUUCAUUCAAUUAGUUUAGCUGUAACCUUGAAAACUUUGUUAAAUUUAUUUGAAAAACAUGAAAAAGUAGAAAGUGAUGAACAUCAUCCUCAUCAAGAACAACAACAACAACAACCACAACCAUGUGUAGAUCUAUUUCUAACUUGUAUUAAACUUAAUGUACUACUAAGUUUAAGUGAAUGUUUAGAUAAAAAUAAAUCAAUCCAAUUUAACUUAAAACCAGAACAUAUUUUACUUAUAUUAACACCAUCUAAUUGUUUAACAAUAUUUAAACAUUAUGAAAAAAUACAAAAUAAUAAACAAAAUGAGAAACCAGCUAAUACUGAUGAUGAUAAUCAUAAUGAGACUCAUGAUCUACAAUCAUUAUUAAAAAUAAUGAAUAUUCAAUAUGAUUCAAUGAAUGAAAGUAUCAAUGAUUUAAUCAAACAAUUAUAUGAAAUUAUACAACAUAAAUAUCAAUAUUCCGAUAUGAUUACAUCAUUAUUGAAAUCAGUUGCACCACCAGAUUGGAUAACAAUGUGUGUAGCUAGAAUAUGUUUAUAUAAUCAAACGAAUUCAUAGAAAUUCAAUUCAAUGUUAAUGUCAUGAUUAUAUACUUUCUCAUAUUUAUAGUAAAUAAAUGAAUAUCCCCUAAAUACACUUUCAGUCAUACCUAUAACAACCCAUUUCGUAUAUAUAUACAUAUAUAUACACACACACACUCACACAUAAAUACAUACACACAUGGCAACAAAAUUGAUCUUAUUUUAAACAAAACGGAAUGAAAAUGAAGAAAAAAAAUUUGUUUUCUGUUAUUUCGUUGAUAAGUACCAAAUAUUUUCUUUUCUUUUCUUUUUUGUUUUUACACCCCCCCCUCAGGUUAUCUAUUAUCCAUACCGACUAUUGAUGAGUAGAUUGUUUAAUGUUUAAGUUGUGUUGCCAUUUGUUUUUUUCCUUUAUUGUUAUUGUUGUUGUGAACAGAAAUGAAUGUUUCAUUAUUUGUUAUAAUGUUACUACUUAUAUACUCAUAAUUGAAUAUUUUUUUGAUUUCUGUAACAUUUUCGACAAAAAGAAAAAUUUGACUAAUCAAAUUUAUUUUCUAUGAUUGAUAUUAGUUGAUUGGAAAAAUUGUGGUAAUAAUAACAAUAUGAUAGUUAUUAUUACUAUGGAUUGAAUAUUAUUCAUAAUUAUCAUUCUUUCUAUGACUUUUUAUGCUGUCAAGCUUAUGUGCUUAUUGAAAAGUAUUAUACAUAUACUACUAAUAUGCUACUUAUUAAUAUUAAUAAUUUGCUUAUUUAAGAAUCAAUUUUGAUGCAAUAGUAGUAGUGAUAGUAUUAGUAGUAGUAAUAGUAGUAGUAGUAGUAGUCAUGUUGCUUUUCAAUUACUCUUGUCAAUGAUUUUCAUUUUGAAGGAAUAAUGUAUGUUUGCUUAUAAUAAAAUGAAAUAUAUACCAUAUAUGAUUAUUUUGUAAUGAAAAAGAAAAUUAAAUUUUGUUUAGAUAAACAAUUUACUACUGUGUAUUACGGGUGUAUAUGUAUGUGUUUAUUGUUCAAGAUGCUUUAGUAUGAGAUAUAUUUAUAUAACUAUCUGGUUA